AUGUGGCGGAUUUCUAAUUUAUGGCGGCGUCCGCAGCUCACAACUCUUCCGAAGGAUCCUUCGCUUUUUUUUGGUGUUGGGAGGCCGCGUACACCAGAGCAGGUGGAGCGGUAUCACGCAAUGAAAAAUACCACCAUUGAAAGUGCUUUUCCCCAUCUUGCAGCCUGUUGGGUGGGUCCAUCGUGGGGAACCGUCAUGUUAACUCCACAUCACGUGGCCCCGACAUGUGUAAAGUCGGCGGUGUGGCGUUGCAGCCAGUGCCUUCAGGAGUUUGAGAUGAGUAUUGCGAGAUUUAUUGACCAGCAUGGGACGUGUCCAUUGUGCGGAAAAGAGCAGCGGCGGAUCAGUUCAACUAGAAAUGAAGGUCCGGAAAGAAUUAAUGGCAAGAUGAGCGAGGGAGAUAACACAGAUGUGGGGAUAACAACUUCACCAACGGAUGCUACAAAUGAGGAGGAUCUGGAGCUGGAGGAUGUGAACAGUUUGAGAGCACCACGAAUGACUCACACAAAUUAUAAAAGUGUUCUGCACAGCAACCCCGAGUGGGAGGGACGUAACAUUCUUCCCAUGCUUGCACAAAGAUGGGAGCUAGUUGCUGAGGAACUACUUCAUCCGGCUGACACGGAGGAGCAGGAAUCACUUCUGGUUUCACCAAAGAUAGAUGGAAUUCGCUGUUUAAUUGGUUACAAUAAAUCCCAAAAGAAAUUGCAGUUUUUUUCGCGGAGUGGGAUUCUUCUUGAGUGUUGCCAUGGUUUGGUGCCACACGCUAUGCCGCUGUUCAAGGCAGAUCCAUCUUUGUUGUUAGAUGGGGAGCUGUUUGCUCCACACUGCGGUUUCGAGAGGCUUAGUGGGCUUGUGCGCCGUUUGGAAAAGUUUACGACACAAACAACGCGGAGGAAACAGGCGAAACUCCUAGAAUAUUUUGCAUUUGACAUCAUGGCUUCAGAUCAGCUCUCAUCGCCGGACGCCCCUUUUAGCGAACGCUACCGUUUACUGAAGGAACUCAUACCUCACAGUGGCGCAGAUCGUGUUUUUGAUACGAUGAAACCAAACGGAAGGCGAAACCAUCAGCUUGAAAAGGAGGAAUUGUCGAGCAGGAAAAAGAUACCAAAACUCUACCACGUCCCCGCCACACUUGUGAGUCCAGAUGAGGUGGAGAGUGUAUUGGAGAAGGCGUGUUCGCAAGGUUAUGAAGGGGUAAUCAUUCGUAGACCAAAGUUUCCUUACGAACAUGGCAAACGAAGUCUCGGUCUUCUUAAGUAUAAGUACAUGCAUGAUGCGGAGUACCGCAUUGUCGACUUUCUUCCGGGCAAUGGCAAGUUUGAGGGUGGUCUCGGCGCGUUUGUGUGUGAAACAUCAACUGGGAUUCGCUUCAAUGCAACACCAAAGACUACAACAAAGCGGCGGUUGGAACUAUGGGCCGAAAGAGACCGUCUACUAGGUAAGUAUUUAACAGUUCAGUAUCAGGAACUUUCGUCACAGGAUGUGCCGCGGUUUCCGAUAGCCAAAUGCGUUCGGGGUGAGUCCGAAAAGGACUGGCUCUAA